CAGUGCUAUGGACGCUGGUAGCAGGAAACAUGAGGAGAUAUUCGGCACGAGACCGUAUUUACUGUAAACACUUAUAGUCAGCGUGUGAUAGGGGAGAGAAAGAGGGAGGUUUUUACUGACGUGCUUGUUUAACGCCGCGUCGCUUUUGAACCUGUUCGAGGACGAACAGCGCGGUGACGUUUCACCAACCCGGAAAUAGCAGUGAGACAGCGCGCGCGCGAUAGAGAGAGAGAGAGAGAGAGAAGUAAAUCACUCUUCCCAGGAGUUAGGCGUCGGAACAGGGCUUCUCAAGGUUUCUACCGCAUUUACACGAUAAAGUGUGAGUAGCUGUGCAGGACUGCGACCUUGGCCGAGUGCCUGGGUGGCUCUUCCUUCCCUCACCUUCCUCCGCUCAUCUGCUGGUACCUGUCAUGGGGAACCUGUUAAAAGUUUUGACGUGCACAGACCUUGAUGAAGAGCCCAACUUCUUCCUCGAUUUUGAAAAUGCACAGCCCACAGAGGCAGAGAGAGAGACAUGGAAGCAAGUGGACGUGGUCCUAAUAGAUGCUCGAGCAGUUCUUGAUGAACUUCAGGCCUAUAAUGGAGCUGGGAAAGAGAUAAGAGAGGCAAUCCAGAACCCCAGUGAUGAGGCGUUGCAGGACCAGGCUUGGGCUGCAGUUGUUCCCCUUGUGGGCAAACUCAAAAAGUUCUAUGAGUUCUCUCAGAGAUUAGAAGCAGCACUGCACAGCCUGUUAAGAGCCCUAACCAAUGAGACGUACAGUGAUGCCACACAGCACCUGGAGCGCGAGCAGGCCCUUGCCAAGCAGUUUGCCGAGAUCCUGCAUUUCACACUUCGCUUUGAUGAGCUGAAGAUGACAAAUCCUGCCAUACAGAAUGACUUCAGUUACUACAGGAGGACCCUGAACCGCAUGAGAAUUAAUAAUGUCCCGGCGGAAGGGGAAAACGAGGUCAACAAUGAACUAGCCAAUAGAAUAUCUCUAUUUUAUGCAGAUGCCACACCCAUGCUGAAGACUUUGAGUGAUGGCACAACAAAGUUUGUAUCUGAGAAUAAGAACUUGCCUAUUGAGAACACGACAGAUGUCCUAAGCACCAUGGCAAGUGUGUGUAAAGUUAUGCUGGAGACACCUGAGUAUCGUAGCCGUUUCAGCAGCGAGGCCACUGUGUCAUUCUGUUUGCGCGUCAUGGUGGGCGUCAUCAUCCUCUAUGACUAUGUACAUCCUGUCGGUGCUUUUGCUAAGUCCUCCAAAAUAGAUAUGAAAGGAUGCAUUAAAGUUCUCAGAGAUCAGCCGCCAAACAGUGUGGAAGGCUUAUUAAAUGCUCUCAGGUACACGACAAAGCAUCUGAAUGACGAAUCAACUGCGAAGACCAUUAAAAGUAUGUUGCAGUAAGCAGCAUGAUGGAGAUACACACCACUGGCCUCAAACAAGUGUUCAGGGGACACACUCCCUCCCAAGCAACAACAAUGCACAGAAUGUCUUUUUUUGUUGUUGUUUCUUUGUUUAGUUUUUUUUUUCUUUGUCAAAAUCAGACAUACAAGUAAGACCAGUUAAUUUUUUUUUCUAAAAGUGCAUGCUAUUUGCAUUUGGUGUUUCUUUUUGUGCCAAAUCACUCUUUGCAGAAAUCUUGGUUUUAACACGUAUAGCCAUACUAAUGAUGGCAGCUACAUAAUGUGCAAAAAAUAUCUCUCUAUAUUUUGUGAUUAAUAGGUUAAUUUUGCUUGUUUCCCUAUUAAAGGGAGGGAGAGUGUUUUUGACUUGAAAAUAAAAAAAGACAUACAGUAUAUUAACAGAGAAAUAUAAAUAUAUAUUUUAUUUUGUUUGAUUUAAUAUUUAAUAUCAUGUCCUCUGCAUGACAAUGUCAUAUUUAAGGAAAAAAACAACUAGUGUUUCAAAAUUGUCUGACUGCUUGGUUUGUGUGCAAGUUCCAAAAAAAAAGUGAAUUUAAAUUAUGUUCUGCUUUUAAAAUGGUACUAGUCAAAACCGAGGUUUUCAAAUUGUAGUAGUGUUUAAAUUUUAUAUUUUUUAUAGGUUUUGAUUUAUGUUUUUUUUUUUUUUUUUUUAUAGUUGUGAUUGUUUUUUUCUUUUGAAAACUAGUUUCGAUAUUUUUGGUGAAUUAAACGUGGGUUUUGAUGUAUGAUGACAUGAAAUUUGAUGUUUAAUUAAAAGUUGCUUUCUUUUUGUACAUAAUGUUUUAUUUGGAUGAUUUGUUUCAGUGUUUGUUGAGAAUCAUCAUUUUAAUUGUUUUUGUGUGUGAUUUUGCAAUUUAAUACACUUUAAAUGAACUUUAAAUAUUUUCACAAAGAAAAGCCAGGUUAUUGUUUAUAAAUUCCUACAACAGUCUUAUACUGUAAACUAAAUAUUUCUUUUAAUAUAUUUCAUGUGUUUACAACAGUGAAAUCUAUAAAUAUGGCAUUUAUAUAAAUAUCUAUCAAUAUAUCUAUCACAAUUAUUUACUAUUACAUUAAAAAUGACAGGAAGUUUUUGGAGUUGUGUUGGAAGCAGGAAAGAUGGGCACAUGUAAGGACCUAAACUAUUUUGUCAAGGGCUAAAUUGUGAGGCUAAAUAAUGCCAAAACAGCAGGUCUUGUGAGGUGUUCUUGGUGGAUUAUUGUUUUUAUACCUACUGAAAGGGGUCCACAGAAAGACAACGGUAAACCAGCAACAAGGCAAUUUAAUACAUAUUGGGAUCGGAGGCUAGCCGGUCUGGUCUGAUCCCACAGGAGAGCUACUCCAUCAGUGGGCCAUGGGCACACAAGUCCCUGUUGCCAGUUCACCACUUAACCUUUCUUAGACCAGUUUUUGGUAAGCGCUAAACACUGCAUACAGGAAACACCCCACAGGAGCUGAUGUCUGAUGUUAACCAAAUAUGGCUGAUCUUUGUAAAUAAAAAAGCAAACUUCUAAAGCCAUCAAUUCCCCCAACUAAUUAUUGAUUGGCACUUGUUAACUCUCAAUAUUCAGCUUAACUUUAAAAUAUUAAGCCUUAUAUUUUCCUCACAACACUCCCAGCCUAUUUGGUCAGCAAUACCAAAUAAUAUAACAAGGUGGCACUUCCGUUUUGGUAUAUUACAGCUGAAUGUGUGUUUAGAAGAAGAUCUUUUGCCACAAUGCUGCUCUGAUUACCUCCACUACUUGAACUUACUUUCGUCAGUAGUGAGUGGUGCUGGGUGUGACUACUACAGUAUGUUCUAUGGUUCACGUAUAACGUAUAGUGUGGAAUUCCCCUUUCAGAUGUUUUCUUCUGCUCUCUAAGCUCACUUGCUAUUUUAGAACUGAUGCUGAUGACAGACAUUGGCUUAAAACAAUAAAGUUGGAAUGAUGUUC